GCUUCCCGCCCCCGAGCGGAGCCGGUGCGCAGGGGAGCCGGUACGGAGCGAACCCGAGCCGCCUGGGCGGCCGCCGAGCUCCCACUAUGGCCCGGAACACGCUGUCCUCGCGCUUCCGCCGAGUGGAUAUCGACGAAUUUGACGAGAACAAAUUCGUAGACGAGCAGGAAGAGGCGGCGGUGGCAGCGGGCGAGCCAGGCCCCGACCCCGGCGAGGUAGACGGGCUCCUGCGGCAAUAUCCUUCCCGGCGCGGCGGCCCGGGCUUGCACCCUUAUCGUCCCAGCCCCUGUUUCCCUGUCCCCCUCUGGCUCCUGCCGGUCCCAGGCUCCGCUGGUCAGUCGUUGGUGGCCUCACGCUUCCUCAGCAGUGCGGCCCCGGAGCUCGUCUCACUCCUCCGCGCGGCCACGCUUCGCAUCCCUCAGGGUGGCCCUGCAUCGGCCUUGGCGACAUGCUUCGGGCGUUUCAUGCAGCCUUACGGAACUCUCCAAUCAACACCAAGAAUCAAGCUGUGAAGGAACGGGCCCAGGGUGUAGUCCUGAAAGUACUCACAAACUUUAAGAGCAGCGAAAUUGAUCAGGCUGUGCAGUCACUGGACAGAAAUGGCAUUGACUUGUUAAUGAAGUACAUUUAUAAAGGGUUUGAGAAGCCCACAGAAAAUAGCAGUGCAGUGUUACUCCAGUGGCAUGAAAAGGCCUUAGCUGUAGGAGGACUAGGCUCCAUUAUAAGAGUUCUUACAGCAAGAAAGACUGUUUAAAAAAAAUUACGUUGAGAAGAAUUUUGGAUGCCCAGGCUGGUGAAGAAGGGACUGACAAUGGACCAUCUUCCUAGAACUCCUAACUAAGUACUUCAGGACACACCUGCUGGAAUGUAUUUUACUUUUGAGGUGGAGGGAGAAAAUGUCUUAUUGUUUCCUAAAUUCUUUGCAGGAUCAGAGUGUCUGCCUUUAUCUACAGAGUAACACAGAACUGACACUUGACUAUCAGGCUGGCUGGCCAGAUUAUGUCAGGUGUACCUUUGUGCACUGUCUGUUUGAAAUGGGGAGGGACUAUUUGGGCAGGUGCAGAUCCAAGGGCUGUAGUGAAAAGGAGAGCUUGGAUUCUGAAGUGGAAAAAACCUGAGAGAUUGUACAGAUGUUCUGUCUUCCCAGAGAAGACAGGCUCUCUUGGGUUCAUUGUAAAGUGCCUGCUGCAUCAAUAAAGCUCUUGGCUUAUUA